GGUUUUGUUGAUGCAACUGUAGAGAAACUUUGCAGAGAGCAGAAACACAACGGUAUAUUUAGAGAGAGGGAGAGAAUGGCUGCGCUGUAGAGAUGGAGAAAUGCGAUCUCAACCAAUGACAGGGAACCAACAACAAUCGCUUUGGAGUCCAAUAGAGAGAACGUGCCUUUCUCUUCUCCAACAAUCCAAAACCAGAGCCAACCUCCUCCAAAUCCACGCUUUCAUGCUCCGUAACGCCCUCGAAACCAACCCCAAUCUCUUCACCAAAUUCAUUGCAACUUGCUCUUCCAUCGCCCUUCUGGCUCCUCUGUAUGACCCACUUGCCGGAAUCGUCCACACCCGUCGUAUGUUUGAUCAUAGACCCCACAGGGAUGAUGCCUUUCUUUGCAACUCCAUGAUCAAAGCGUAUGUGGGUAUGCGCCAAUAUUCUGAAUCUUUCGCUCUUUAUAGAGAUCUUAGGAGAAAUACGAGUUUUACGCCUGAUAGUUUCACGUUUUCAGUGUUGGCAAAGUCCUGUGCACUGAAUAUGGCGAUUUGGGAGGGUCAAGAGAUUCAUAGUCAUGUUGUGGCAGUCGGGUUUGGCUUGGAUUUGUAUGCGGCGACAGCUUUGGUUGACAUGUAUGCGAAGUUUGGGAAGAUGGAUUGUGCAAGGAAGCUGUUUGAUGAAAUGAUUGAUAGAAGUCAAGUGUCUUGGACUGCUCUUAUUGGUGGGUAUGUGAGGUCUGGAGAUAUGGAUAAUGCAGGAAAGCUCUUUGAUCAGAUGAUUGAGAAAGACUCAGCUGCAUUCAAUACAAUGAUUGAUGCUUACGUCAAGUUGGGAGAUAUGUGCUCAGCCAGAAAAUUAUUUGAUGAGAUGCCAGAGAGGAGUGUAGUCUCUUGGACGAUUAUGAUCUAUGGGUACAGUAGCAAUGGUAAUCUUGAUUCUGCUAGGUCGCUAUUCAAUGCCAUGCCCGAGAAGAAUCUGUUUUCUUGGAAUGCAAUGAUCAGUGGAUAUUGCCAAAACAAACAGCCAUAUGAAGCGUUGAAACUGUUUCAUGAAAUGCAAUCAACAACAUCACUGGAACCAGAUGAAGUUACUAUAGUGAGUGUUCUUCCAGCAAUAGCUGAUUUGGGUGCUUUGGAUUUGGGUGGUUGGGUCCAUAGGUUUGUCCGGAGGAAGAAACUUGAUAAAGCAACUAAUGUUGGUACCGCUCUCAUUGAUAUGUAUGCCAAAUGUGGUGAAAUUGUGAAAGCUAGGGGAGUUUUUGACAACAUGCCUGAGAAAGAAACCGCUUCUUGGAAUGCUUUGAUUAACGGGUUUGCGAUCAAUGGGCGUGCCAAGGAAGCAUUGGGGUUAUUCAUGGAGAUGAAUCAUAAAGGUUUUAAGCCAAAUGAGAUAACCAUGAUAGGCGUUUUAUCAGCUUGUAAUCACAGUGGGUUAGUGGAGGAAGGGAAGAGGUGGUUUAAAGCAAUGGAAGAAUUCGGGCUUACCCCAAAAAUUGAACACUAUGGUUGCAUGGUAGACCUUUUGGGGAGGGCAGGGUGUUUGCAGGAGGCUGAGAAGUUGAUGGAGAGCAUGCCUUAUGAAGCGAAUGGGAUAAUCUUGAGUUCUUUUUUAUUUGCAUGUGGCUACUCCAAGGAUGUUGCAAGAUCCGAAAGAGUAAUAAAAGAGGCAAUUAAAAUGGAGGCAUGGAACGAUGGGAACUACAUUAUGUUGAGGAACUUGUACGCAAAUGAGAAAAGAUGGAAAGAAGCGGAUGAAGUUAAGGGUUUGAUGAGGAGGAAUGGAGUGAAGAAAGAGGCUGGUUGCAGUGCAAUUGAAGUUGAUAGUAGGGUUUGGGAGUUUGUAGCAGGGGAUAGAGUGCAUCCAAAAUGGGAGGCCAUUCAUUCUGUCUUAGGCCAGUUAUGGGCGCACAUGAAGGGAACAAGGCUGCAUACUAAAACUAGGAAGAGAGGGAGAGAUAUGUUGAAUUGUUGAAGUGUAUGCAAGGCACAAUAUCGUGCCCUGCACAAAUGCAGAGGUUUAGGAAAAACCUAAGUCCGAACAAUCUCAUUAACUAUAGAUGAAGGAAACAUCAACAGACUUGGCAGCCGGAAACAGUGAUUUAGCAGAUUCUUUUAUCUAACUCAUGUGACUAUAGGGUGAUCUUCUCUCUCUAUGAAGCAAGAAAGGUUGUAUUCUCUUAGUUCUCCAAUUGUAAUGUAUCUUUACUUAGUUUUUUCUCUUUCUAUUUUUUUGUAUCAAAAUGUAUUGUAAAAAUUUGAUAUAAAAGGGCUUUGUAACAAGUAUUUUCAACCAAAUUCAAGAAAGAAUUGCAUUUGGGUUUUUGAUUU